AUGACCACGUGUAACUGUUUUGCGUUCAGAUUCUGAGUCCUGGCCAUUUGAAGAUCCCUAUACUUCCCUAAGAGGAUACUGGCGUGGGAGGCCGGUCGGUAGUGAGCGAAAAGGAGACCGGGAAUCUCCUCUGGGUGACUUUGGGGACCCUCCUUCCCUUCUCCAGGCGUGCCAGGCUGGGCUUUCUUGAAGAGGACAUGGUGUUAAAAGUGGGAACUUGAAAACACCGAGGAAAAUUCUGUAGGACCAUUUGGCCAACAAGCCAAACUUUUAAAGCAUCUGGGCCAGAGUCUGGCCCAUCUCUCUCCGCCCUGCCACUGGCUCCCAGAUCUUUGCUUUGUGGAGACAGAAUGGACAGAUUCCUGGUGAAGGGGGCAUUAGGGGGCCUUUUGGGAAAGAGGGAGCCAGAGGAGAGCAGAGAAGGCCCAGCAGGGCUGAGAGGAGACAAGGAGAGCAGCAGGAAAAGGUCCAGGACAGAAACCCCGACGAAUGCAGGCCACUCAGCGGGCCCCAGCUGGCGGCACAUCCGAGCGGAGGGCCUGAGUUGUGAUUACACAGUCCUGUUUGGCAAAACCGAAGCAGACAAGAUUUUCCAGGAGCUGGAGCAAGAAGUGGAAUAUUUUACAGGUGCGCUGGCCAGGGUCCAGGUGUUCGGGAAGUGGCACAGCGUGCCCAGGAAGCAAGCCACCUAUGGCAACGCAGGGCUGACAUACACGUUCUCGGGCCUCACUCUGUCUCCAAAGCCCUGGAUCCCAGUUCUAGAGCAUGUCCGGGAUCGUGUUUCUGUGGUGACAGGAGAGACCUUCAACUUUGUGCUUGUCAACAGGUACAAGGACGGCCGUGACCACAUCGGGGAGCACAGAGACGAUGAACGAGAACUGGCUCCUGGGAGCCCCAUAGCCUCUGUCUCCUUCGGGGCCUGCAGAGACUUCUUCUUCCGGCAUAAGGAUUCCCGGGGGAAAAAGCCCACCCGGAAGGUAGAGGUGGUUCGGCUUCAGCUGGCGCACGGGAGUUUGCUCAUGAUGAACCACCCGACCAACACUCACUGGUACCACAGUCUCCCCAUACGAAAUAAGAUUCUAGCUCCACGGGUCAAUCUGACAUUUCGCAAAAUUCUGCCUGCUAAAAAGUAAAAACUUUGUCGGUGGUUUGUA